AUGCUGGUCGAAGCGGUGCUCUGCGUCGUGGCGCUGCUCCUUCUGCAGCUCUGGAACAACAGACCCUCGACUCUCCCGCCAGGAUUACACCGUCGACAUGUCUGCAAGCGUCCUCACCCCCCCCCCCCCCCCCACGCAGGGCCCCGCAGAUACCCCAUCAUCGGCACGGGCUUUGGCAACAAUGACAGCGUGAAGGCCCUGCAGCGGAAGUACGGCGACGUCUUCAGCACCCGCAUCGGCGCCGUCCCGAACGUAUUCCUGUGCAGCUACAAGCUCUUCAAAGAGUCUUUCACGAAGACGGAGUUCGCGGACCGACCCGACUGGAAGGUCUUCCACGUCCUGUCCAACGGAGAGGAGGCGGGAGUGAUCUUCUCGAGCGGGGAGAGGUGGCAGGCCUCCCGGCGGUUCCUCCUGCGGCAGCUGCGUGACCAGGGCAUGGGCAAGUCCAGCAUGGACGACGCCAUCGCCGUUGAGGCCAAGGCCCUCGUCGAGGACUUCCACAGGAUCGCCGGCAGCCCGGCCAAAUUGCCUGACUCCAUGAACCUCGUCACCCUGAACAUCGUGUGGCAGCUGGUGGCCAGUCGACGCUACAGCCUGGACGACGAGGAGAUGCUCCACUUCCUGAGGCUCAUCAUGGUGUUCCAGGAGGACGUCCUGUUUCUGGUCCUUCCCGAGUUCUUCCCGUGGCUGAACUACAUCCCCGCGCCCCUCAUAAGGAAGCUCUCCAAGAAGGACUGGCUGCAGAAGAUGGCGAAGGAGGCCAACGACAUGAUGCAGAAAGUCAUCGACGAGCACCGAGCGACCCUCGACCCCAGCAGCCCUCGCGACGUCAUAGACAGCUAUUUGCUGGAGAUGGAGAGACAGAAGGAGAGCCCAAACGUCAUCUUCAACGACACCGACCUCAGGAAGAACAUCUUCGACCUCUUUGCGGCCGGAUUCGACACCACGUCCAACAUGAUGCGCUACGUCUGCCUGUACAUGGCGGCGCACCAGGACGUCCAGAGGAAGGUUCAGCGGCAGAUCGACGAGGUCGUGCCUCCCGACGAGAUCCCGGCCUCGCGGCACAGGGCCAGGCUCCCCUACCUGGACGCGGCGCUGCAGGAGGUGCACCGGAUGGCCUCGCUCGUGCCCCUGGGUGUUUCGCACGCCACGGCCACGGACGUGCACCUCGGAGACUAUGUCAUCCCGAAGGGGACAGCUGUGGCUGCGUGCAUUGGUCUGUGCCACAAGGACCCUCGCUACUGGGACCAGCCGGAGGAGUUUCGGCCCGAGAGAUUCCUAGACGAGGAAGGGAAGUUUGUGGCUCAGAGGGAAGGAUUCUUGCCCUUUGGCAUUGGUCGCCGCAGCUGCCUCGGUGAAGCUUUGGCGCGAAUGGAGCUUUUUUCCUUCACAGCCGCUCUGCUUCAAAGCUUCACGUUCGCUCCACUAGAGGGAUGCAAGGUCGACCUCACGUAUACUAUGCUGCCUGGGAUCAAUCUGCCAAAAGAGCAGGAGCUCCUUAUCAUGCCAAGGACAUGAGUGGUCGAGAUUUUAUUCAGUGGAUGGCAGCUUCGGUAUUCAGUGUGUUGCCUUCGUGUGAAAUUUUACCCGUGUGCCAUAUCUAGUUCUGGUCAUUUCUGCAUUUUGAUGAUGAGAAAGACAAAGACAAGUUGUAUUCAGUAAAA